CUAUUUGGGUUAAGAGGUCAAAACAAACCCAAUUAAGGAAUUCGAAAUCGCAGACUUACUUGCAUGUAAAUCGUCUGAGAAAUCACUUCUUCGUCGCUCUCUCAUUUUCUUCUCCGAUGUGGAAAGAUUUGGCGUCGAUCAUUUGUUCGUCAUGAUCGACGCACUAAUGUUAGGAUUCAAAUUAUCGAUUGUCGUCGUUAUCAUCUCAAUCGCUCUCCUUUUCUUCAGACCCUCUUUAGACGGAACCCACUUGUUGUUUCCCCAAAAUCAAAAUCAAAAUCAAACCCUAGCUUCAACUUCGAUCAUAGAAGGAUCCGAUGAGGUUACAGUAACUGAUUCUAAGAACUAUAUUGUUCGAUUUCAUGACUACAAAAAAGCGGAAGCUCACAAGAUCUAUCUCGAAGAGAGCGUAAGAGUUAGCGGGUGGAAAUGGGUUGAGCGAAAGAACCCUGCAGCGAAGUUUCCAACAGACUUCGGCCUGGUGGAGGUUGACAAUGGGGUUCAGGAAAGCUUGAUUGAAGAGAUUCGGAAAUUGGAGCUUGUUAAAGAUGUAUGGGUAGAUUUAAGCUAUCAAAUGAGCUUACUUGGUAAGAAAACGAAGCGAGUUGGAGCUUUUGUCGAUGGGCAGAAGCGGCCUGGAAAGAUUUUCACGGCAAUGUCAUUUAGUGAGACUGAGGAUGGUGUGGCUUCUGCUUCCAUUAAUUUCAGCAUUGAUGGGAGACGCAACCUCUUGAUGGAUAGAUCUCAAGUUACAUCAUUGUUUGGUGCCGAAACGCUUUGGUCCAAAGGAUAUACUGGGGCAAAAGUGAAGAUGGCUAUUUUUGACACUGGCAUCCGAGCAAAUCACCCACAUUUCCGAAACAUCAAGGAGCGGACAAAUUGGACAAAUGAGGAUACAUUGAAUGAUAAUCUUGGUCAUGGGACAUUUGUUGCUGGUGUUAUUGCUGGUGAAGAUUCAGAGUGUCUUGGAUUUGCACCCGACACUGAAAUCUAUGCAUUUCGCGUAUUUACAGAUGCUCAGGUGUCGUACACUUCUUGGUUCCUAGAUGCCUUCAACUAUGCUAUUGCAAUGAAUAUGGAUGUUCUAAAUUUGAGUAUAGGUGGACCUGAUUAUUUGGAUCUUCCAUUUGUGGAGAAGGUGUGGGAAUUGACAGCUAACAAUAUCAUCAUGGUUUCGGCAAUUGGAAACGAUGGACCUCUCUAUGGUACUUUAAACAAUCCAGCAGAUCAAAGUGAUGUUAUUGGUGUUGGUGGCAUCGAUUACAAUGACCACAUAGCUUCGUUUUCUUCACGUGGCAUGAGCACUUGGGAGAUCCCUCAUGGCUACGGUCGUGUGAAACCUGAUGUUGUGGCAUAUGGGAGGGAGAUUAUGGGAUCGAAAAUUAGUACAGGUUGUAAAAGUUUAUCGGGCACUAGUGUGGCAAGUCCAGUAGUGGCUGGGGUAGUAUGCCUUCUAGCUAGUGUCAUUCCCGAAACUGAAAGAAAGAAAAUAUUAAAUCCCGCAAGCAUGAAGCAAGCACUUGUUGAAGGUGCUUCGAAGCUUCCUGGACCAAAUAUGUAUGAACAAGGUGCAGGACGAGUUGAUCUGUUAGAAUCCUUUGAAAUUCUAAAGAGUUAUAAACCUCGAGCAAGCAUCUUCCCUGGUGUACUUGAUUAUACAGAUUGUCCUUAUUCGUGGCCUUUUUGCCGACAACCACUCUAUGCGGGUGCAAUGCCUGUAGUCUUUAACGCAACCAUUUUGAAUGGGAUGGGUGUAAUUGGUUAUGUUGAAGGUUCGCCAACGUGGAAUCCUUCAGACGAAGUGGGUAAUCUUCUUAGUAUUCAUUUCAAAUAUUCAGAGGUAAUUUGGCCUUGGACUGGUUUCCUAGCCCUCUACAUACAAAUUAAAGAAGAAGGAGCUCAGUUCUCCGGUGAAAUUGAAGGCAAUAUAACUCUCAAUGUGAUCAGUCCUUCUGAUAAAGAGGAGAAAGCUGGAAAAAGAAGCAGCACUUGUGUUCUUCGCUUGAAGCUGAAAGUGAUCCCCACUCCUCCGAGAUCAAACCGCAUACUUUGGGAUCAGUUUCACAAUAUAAAAUACCCGCCUGGUUAUAUUCCUAGAGACUCGUUAGAUGUUCGUAACGACAUUCUCGAUUGGCAUGGCGACCAUUUACAUACAAAUUUUCACAUAAUGUUCAAUAUGCUGACGGAGGCUGGAUAUUAUGUUGAGACUCUAGGUUCGCCUCUGACAUGUUUUGACGCUCAUCAGUAUGGAACACUCCUAUUGGUUGAUCUUGAAGAUGAGUAUUUCCCUGAGGAGAUUAGGAAACUGAGGGAUGACAUUGUUCAUACCGGGCUAGGCCUUAUAGUGUUUUCCGAAUGGUAUAACAUAGACACGAUGGUGAAAAUGAGAUUUUUCGAUGAUAAUACGAGAAGUUGGUGGACCCCGGUGACAGGUGGCGCUAAUGUUCCUGCCUUGAAUGAUCUGUUGGCCCCUUUGGGUAUUGCAUUUGGUGAUAAGAUUUUGAAUGGUGAUUUCUUUAUUGACGACGAGCAGACGCGAUAUGCUUCUGGGACAGAUAUUGUUAGGUUUCCUCGAGGUGGGUAUGUACAUAGCUUCCCUUUCAUGGAUAGCUCAGAAAGUGGAGCCACACAGAACAUCUUAAGCUCCAAGUCUAAGGCAGACUAUCCUAUUCUUGGUUUUCUUGAUGCGGGCAGUGGUCGAAUUGCAGUAUACGGAGAUUCCAACUGUCUAGACAGCAGCCACAUGGUUACGAAUUGUUACUUGCUAUUGAGGAAAAUGCUGGAUUUCACCAGCAAAAAUGUUAAAGAUCCUGUGCUUUUCUCAGGGAAAGUGAGGAUAGACAAACCCAUCUACCAAAAUGACAACCAAUUACCUUCUCGAAGAACAGAUAUUAACUUUUCUGCUUAUUCUGCUGUUGUUGGAAAGCCCUUGGUAUGUGGAAGUGAUUCCAGGUUUGAAGUAUGGGGUACAAAGGGAUAUAACUUACAUGUCAGGGGUAGAAACCGUAGAUUGCCAGGCUAUCCAGUCCUCGACUUGGGGAUAGGUUUGAACUCUUCUUCUUUUGCGUCUGAGACUUACAAUUUGAGAAGUCCCGGUUCAACAAAGAUAAAAGAUGUGUCUACCGGGAAUAAGUACUUGGGUAUACUCAGUGCAGAUGAACUCGAUAUGUCCGUGCUAGCUGCCAGUCGUUGGCUCCUUCCUGCCAUUGUCGCUGUUUGUGGUUUGCUGCUUUUCUUGAGCUUAUGGAGGAUUCGGCAAAAGCGAAGGAGGAGGAGGAAAGGUUCGAAUUCGGCCACCCGAUUCACCAACCUAUAGCCUUAAGUAGUUCUUAUGCAAUAGAUAUCAUCACAAUCAUCAUAAAAAUGGCUUUGAUAUGAUUAGGAAUUUCUGAUGAUGAUGAUGAUGGUAAGUUUUGUAGAAUUGACUAUAAUUUCGAUUAUGAUUAUGUUCAGUUUCUUCUUGUAGGCGAUUUUUAUUAUUAUGUAGACUCUGGUACUUAAAUAGUGUAUACUAGCAAGCAUCCAUUACACACA